AUGAAGUCUUCUCAAAAGCCUCCAUCUGGGUAAAUCAAGCCCAAACCACUUACUUCUCACUCUCUUUAAAGACCAGUAUAAACAUAACCAAGCAAAGAAAAGGAAUAAGAAUAAGAAGAAAUAGAUUAAGAAGAAGCUCAAGCAAGAAAUAUGAUUUCAGAAAAGAUUGAUAAGGCAUUAGAAUUUAGAAAUAAUUAACAAUGGGAAAGCUGUUUUGAGAAUUUGUUUAUAGCUUUUAAAAUUAAUGAAAGUUAUAUUAAUGAUGCUUAGUUAUCUAGCGAUAUUUUAAGUUAAAUUGGGUUUGCACAUUGGAAUAGAGGUGAUUUAGAUUCAGCAAUUGAAUUUUAUGAAAAUGCAUUGAAAUUAUAAAUUAAGUAUGCCAAAAAAGAUCACCCAGACAUUGCGUCGACAUAUUGCAGUUUAGGUACAGUAUAUCUAGACAGAAAAAAUUAUGCUAAAGCGAUUUAAUACCUUGAAAAAGCUUUAAAAAUUUAGGAAUAAUAAUUGAACCCAAAUCACCCUGAUUUAAUUUCAACCUAUAGUAAUAUGGGAUCAGCACUUUUUGGCAAGGAUGAGUAUCUUAAAGCAUUAGAGUAUUUUAGAAAAUCUUAAAAAAUAGAAGAAAAGAUAUAUGGAAUGGAAGACAUCUAUUUGACAGGAAGUUUAAAAAACAUAGCUGUUAUCUAUUAAACAAUGGGUGAAUAUGGUAAAGCCCUACCAGUUUUAGAAAGAGAAUUAAAAAUUAAGUAAAAAAACUUAGAAAAAAAUAAUGUAGAAAUUGGAUACAAUCUAGUAGAUAUUAGCGUAAUUAAAGAAAUGAAAGAAGAUUACUAAGGAGCAUUAAUAGCAUGUGAAGAAGGCUUACAAAUAUUAUAGCAAACUUUGUCAUCAUAAGAUCAAAAGUUAAAAUAGUGUUAAGAAAGGUGCUAAGUUCUAAAGUAAAUGGUAGAUAGUGACUCAUAACCUAUUUAAGGAGAAGACUAAUCCACAAUGAAAUCUCAUUAAAGUCAAAAAAGUUUACUCUCUAAUAAAAAAUGA